UUCCGAAAAAGGUGGGCUAUUUUAUCAGCAUCGCACGUUAUAGUCAACUUCUCUUGUUAGCGCAUAAAAAAUGCUUUUAUGUGAUACUCAUCAUCAUGCGCGCGCACAAUGCACAUGAAAAACACAGAUAACGUUUUAUUGUCUAUUACAUUUUUUUUAAAGUGGUCUCUUUCCCUUUCUUUCUCUGAUGGCUCACGGGGACGUAAUCCGGGGCAUCUGCCGGCCGCUGCUUCCCAAUUUUUCCAUGGCACAUUGGUGCCUUGGCCUGCAGUCGGAUCCGCUGAACCUUUCCUUGUUCACCUUCGUCACCUCUUUUUUGAUCUGCACUCUGGGUUUAAUGGUGCUGGAUUUUGCCUUCGAUGUAUGGGAUGUAUACCACAUGUGGAUAAAAAACCCGUACCGCAUCCACUUCGAGUGGCGCAUAGUGAUGUCGCUGAUUGUGAUCCUGCCGUCGGUGGUGUCGUUUAUCCGCUUCCUCUGCCGCAGUGCCCUGGCAGGCGCCCCGAAUAUCAAACUAAACUGGUCACGCGUGACGGACCGCCUCAUCACUAAUACGGACAUCACGCUGGUACCGUCGGAAAGCGAGCAUCUGGAUCCGGAAUAUGGUCUGGAGCAUUAUUUACCGCAGUGGUUAAGGAAGGCCUACGUAAAGCGAUUUUGUGAAAUUUACCCUUUAAGUAUUCUCUGCAGGUCACUCGCCUUUAUGAAGGACUUUAAAUUACACCGCGAGGAUCCUCAAAAAUUCCGUGAUACGUAUAUGUACAAGCGCGACCCGACUUUCCAGCUGCUCUUCCUACAGAAAGCCCAGCUGGAUGAAAUCAAAUUCGAAUCGGCUCCGCAGUUAGUCAUCCAACUUUUAUUGGCCGCAUUAGCCUGGGCAUCACAGGGAACCCCGCCGCCGUUUUGGAAAUGGAUCAUCAUCUUCUUUGCCUUCUUCUCCAUCGCCAAGUAUUUCCCGGCGGUUAACCAUCUUCCGGGUAUGUGUUCCGCUAACAACCGGCUUCUGGCGGAGAAGGACUACAUCGAAUGGAAAGAACUAACAGAACUCUUGAAGCCCAACGUGUGCAACUACGCCGGCGUGCUGGCCAACCAACUGUACAUUAUGUGUCGCUACUGUCAUGUGGCGUCGCUUUUUCUGUACAACUAUGCUUGUCUGGUGCUGGUUACCAUUGUCCAGAUGGUGAUUAUUGCCGUAUUCAUGGUGGUGCUAUUUAAGAAAGAGUACGGUCGCAAAGCGGAGACCCCGGCGGAUCGUGCGAAAGGAUGUGGCAAGAAUUUGCUGGCGUUUGUCGCGGAAUGGCUGUACGUGGUGGGGCAUUUUCUCGUGGUGCCCAUUGCGAGCACCAUGACGCGGGUGGGUAUGUGGAUGGCCACCCUGCUGCAGUUGUGCUCGUUCGUGGUGUACAUGGUAGCGUUUAGUUUUGACUGGAGUUCCGAAUUGAAUUCCAUGGUGGCCGAUGCCGAUGAAGUGCUGGUGCAGGCGGAAAAACAUGGUUCACUGCUGUUUCACAUCCUGGCAGCCGCUGAUUUCCUUUCGCUGCUAGCCUUACCGGCCUGCCAUUUUGCAAUGAACGCUUGCUGGAAAGAUAUUGAGAAGUGGUCGCAUUUCGAGGAAUGCAAAACGUGCUCAGAUCUGCGGGACCGCUACUUGCAUUAUCGCCCCUGUUGGUUGUGUGAAUGGAAGUGGUGCCAUUCCGGCGCCAAUAACCCAGUCAAUAAUAACGCAGAAACUGCACCGUCUUCCCCGACUAUAACUACGGGAUCUUGUUGUCCUGGUAGCACACCUGCCCUGUCCACGACACCGUCGCAAAGGACAGAAAGAAGAAUUCCUUACAUCGCCCCAUUCAGUCUUUCUCAAAACGAAUGGACAGAAGCCGAUUGGAUAGCUCAGUGCAUUUUGCAGCUGUUAGCGGAAGUCCCGGUAACACAGGAAGAGGAGGAUUUUCUUCUGUGUCCUGGACAUUUUAAGCUGAUGAAUAAUUUGCGCACAAGCGCUCCGAAUGCCUUGGCGAGCCGUUGUGUGAAUCUGGCCAAUAUUCUACUAACCAAAAACGGCACAAAUACGUUUACUAUUCCCCUGUUGAGGCCAUUCGGUGUACAAGACCGGAACGCUCCGGAAACCACAGAAUUAUCGCUGCCAACUGAUAUGUUGAAAUUUUUGACAACGCUGUACGAGCUGUUGGAAUAUAGUCUACCCGAACAACUGCUGUUUAAAGGAUCGGCGUACGGUCGCGGAAUCUUCAACCACGACCAACAGCAAGCGUGCUGGCAAAUCGCUAAAUUCUUCCGACGAAAGCAUUCCGCAUGUAACAAGUGUGUUCUGCAAGAGAUUACCGUGCACGGCGCGCACAGUUAUCUUAUCCAGGACGAGACCAUGCAAAAGCUGUUGGAGAAAAUCGAGAACAAUUCCUCCGCUACAGAUAUCAUUGCGGCUGUCAUUCCUGGCAAAGACGACAUAGAUAUGCUGGAGAGGGUAAAAAUGUUUUUAACGCGAACGAAAGAACUACGCCUGGAUAAUGAUCGGUCGGGAGAGUCCGUACCAACUGAUCCGAAUUCCUUGCACAGUCCGCGAACGAGUAGACUGAAAAAACGACGGUGCGUUCUCCGGUCGGACUCAGUUAACAAACAGAAUGGUCAGCACGCACCAGUCAAACUACCGUUGUUACUCAGAAGUUUCCCGUUCGACAACAUGAAAGAAACACCAGUGUAACAUUAGUAUGCUGUGAUCACGGUGAAACAGUUGCUGGAAUUCGGCGAAUUUCGUUAAACGUUAACCGUGCAAUCAAGUGAGCUGAUUCUGCACUGAUAUGCAGCCAUUUAAUGUGAUACAAAAGCACCCUUUUUGCGCUUACUGUCAGCAUUUUUUUAACGUAUAUUUGCAGUCGUGCCCAAUUAAGCUUUUCUGCGCUUUGCGCGUACCUUUUUUGUUUUUUUAAAAUUCAGAAUUUUCGGCAGUGAAAUUUGAUAAUCGAUGCAUACGUGUACGGCCGCAAAAAA